CAAGAAGAUCUAACCAUACCUGGAGAAACAGAUGUCUUCUGUGAAGAGGUGGCAGAUAUUUGCAGAAAAGAGAGGAAUAUCUUCCAGGCUCCCAGAAAUCAUGUCAGUAGGAUCGCAAUCAUUCUCCCCUGGAGGCCCCAAUGGCAUCAUUAGAAGUCAGUCCUUCGCUGGCUUCAGCGGUCUGCAAGAAAGACGCUCUAGAUGUAAUUCCUUCAUCGAAAAUUCCUCUGGGCUCAAGAAGCCCCAAGCAAAGGUGAAGAAAAUGCAUAACUUGGGACAUAAGAACAGCACCAUGCCCAAAGAGCCGCAGCCAAAAAGGAUGGAAGAGGUCUACAGGGCCUUAAAGAAUGGACUGGAUGAGUAUCUGGAAGUUCACCAGACAGAGCUGGAUAAGUUGACUACUCAGUUAAAAGACAUGAAAAGAAACUCCCGCCUGGGAGUGCUGUAUGAUCUAGAUAAGCAAAUCAAAGCAAUUGAAAGAUAUAUGAGAAGACUGGAGUUCCACAUUAGUCAGGUGGAUGAGCUGUAUGAAGCCUAUUGUAUCCAAAGACGACUCUGUGAUGGUGCCAACAAAAUGAAGCAAGCAUUUGCAAUGUCUCCUGCCAGCAAAGCAGCUCGAGAGAGUCUGUCUGAAAUCAACAGAAGUUACAAGGAGUACACAGAGAACAUGUGUACCAUUGAAGCAGAACUGGAAAGCCUAUUGGGGGAGUUUUGCAUCAAGAUGAAAGGUCUGGCUGGCUUUGCUCGUCUCUGUCCUGGAGAUCAGUAUGAGAUCUUUAUGAGGUACGGGCGACAGCGAUGGAAACUAAAAGGCAAAAUAGAAGUGAAUGGCAAACAGAGCUGGGAUGGAGAAGAAAUGGUCUUCCUUCCUCUGAUUGCUGGGCUGAUUUCCAUUAAGGUCACAGAAGUUAAAGGACUUGCUACUCACAUCCUGGUGGGAAGUGUGACCUGUGAAACAAAGGAUCUGUUUGCAGCCCGACCUCAGGUGGUUGCUGUUGACAUCAAUGAUCUUGGCACGAUAAAGCUGAACCUUGAAAUCAUCUGGUACCCAUUUGAUGUUGAGGACCUCACUCCCUCCACGGGAAAUGUGAACAAGGCAUCUGCUCUCCAGCGGAGGAUGUCUAUGUAUAGCCAAGGCACUCCAGAAACACCAGUCUUCAAGGAUCGCUCAUUCUUUUCCAAUUCACCAGACGACAUUUUUGAAAAUGGGAUGACAUCCAUUGAGAAGAGACCCCUCUCGUUCACUUUUGGUGAUGUGCCCUAUGAAGAUGGAGUUCCCCCAGCCAACUUGGAUUCUUCCUCGGCCACUGUCAGUUCCAAUCCUGAAAUUACUACAGAGCACAGUGCCUGUAAAUCCUUAAACUCAAUCUUGGACAGUACUAGUACAAACUCAUCCAUGAACUCCACACCUGAGUCAAAAGACUUCAAAUCACAGCUAGAGCACACACCAGUAAAUGAAAACAAGACAUUUUCAAGAGCUGUUUCUGAAGGUUGCCAAAAGCUUUCAGGUCCUGGAAAUGAUGCCCUCUUUAUAGAUACUAGUGUCCCUGUGUCUCUCCUCCAGGAUACAGAUGAAGUGUCAGAGCUAAAACCUGUAGAACUGGACACGUAUGAAGGCAACAUCACUAAACAGCUGGUAAAAAGUCUUACCUCAGUGGAGGCUCCAGUGAUACCUGAAAGGCUGCAGUGUGAGGGAUCAAUAAGUGGGGAAUCAGAAGGAUAUAAGUCUUACUUAGAUGGAAGCAUAGAAGAAGCCUUGCAAGGGCUUCUUCUAGUACUUGACCCACAUAAAGAGCAGUAUAAGGAAUUUCAGGACCUGGACCAAGAAGUGAUGCAUCUAGAUGACAUCCUAAAAUGCAAGCCAGCAGUAGACCGGAGCAGGUCCUCCACUUUAAGUCUAACAGUUGAAAGUGCUUUAGAAAGCUUUGAUUUCCUGAACACCUCUGACUUUGAUGAUGAGGAUGGUGGAGGUGAUGAGGGUUGUAAUGGUGAAGGAGGUGCUGACUCAGUAUUUUCAGACACUGAAACUGAGAAGACUAGUUACAGGACAGAACACCCAGAAGCCAGAGGGCAUCUUAGCGAAGCUUUGACAGAAGACACGGGAGUUGGUACCAGUGUAGCUGGAAGCCCUCUUCCAUUGACCACAGGGAAUGAGAGUCUUGAUGUAACCGUAGUUAAGCAUUUGCAAUAUUGCACACAGCUUGUUCAGCAAAUUGUGUUCUCCAGUAAAGCUCCAUUCGUAGCAAGAAGCCUCCUGGACAAGCUGUCCAGGCAGAUCCUUGUGAUGGAGAACAUAGCAGAGAUCAGUAGCGAAAAUCUGGGAAACAUCAACUCCAUCACUGAAGCAAUUCCAGAAUUUCAUAGCAAGCUAUCCUUGCUGUCCUUCUGGACUAAAUGCACUGGUCCCAUAGGGUUGUAUCAUACCUCUGCUGAUAAGAUGAUAAAACAGCUGGAUAUCAAUUUUGCUGCUGCUGUGAAUGAAGAAUGCCCAGGACUUGCAGAAACAGUAUUUAGAACCCUGGUGUCUCAGAUCCUGGACCGAACAGAACCGAUCCUCCCCUCCAGCCUGCAGUCAGAAAUUAUAACCGUCUUUCAGUAUUACCAUUAUUUUACCAGCAACAGUGCUAACGACCUGGGAAACUAUUUGCUACAGCUUGCAAAAGAAGCUGCAGUGGUUCAGAUGCUACAGUCAUUAAAAAACGGAAAAUUGAAGCAAAAUAUUGCAGAAAUAACCUCUAGCAACCUGCCACCCCAGCAGGAAGUGCUGAGGGCUUUGGCUUUACUUCUGAUUGAAAACAAAAAUGAAAUCAGUGAGGCCGUGACAUUACUCCUGUCAACUACAGCAGAAAACAGGCACUUCAGAGAAAAGGCCUUGAUGUAUUAUUGUGAAGCAUUAACCCAGCCUAGUCUCCAUCUCCAGAAAGCAGCUUGCAUGGCACUGAAAUGCCUCAAGGCUACUGAAAGUAUUAAAAUGCUAGCCACACUCUGCCAGUCUGAGGAUGAAGAGAUCAGAAAAAUAGCAUCUGAAACUCUGCUCUCUCUUGGUGAAGAUGGGCGGCUGGCAUACGAACAGCUGGAUAAUUCCCUCGGGAAUUUGUUAAAGUUGGAGGCCGUCGUGGGACUGAAGCUGCCACAGCCUUUUAGGUGCAAGAUAACUCACCUACCAUUGUCCAGUGAAAAAGACUGGCUUAAUUAGCAGGGUGGUGUUGUAAUUUAAACUGCCAGUAAAAAUAUAAUCCAACUUUUGAAGCAUGUUAUAAAACUGUCCUGAAAUGCAGCAGCUUAGAUUUUUAAAGAAAAAAAGCAUGCAAAAUGCAGCUCCUGAGUUCCUCUUGGCCCUUUGCCAUAGCUUACGAUAGAAUGGAUAUUUGCUGAAGAAUAAUGCAAUUCCAUCUGCUUCGGAGUGAAUGAUGAGCCUCAGCAAACUUGUAUGAGUUUUUAGAAAUCAGCAUCUGGAUAUAUUUCACAGGACUUUGUACUAUUUUUUGCUGAAGUUGUUGUAAAAGCUUGGAAUCUGAUGCUGUAUCUAAAAACGAGAAGUGGGAGGCCACCCAAGUAGGACUAUAGAGCACUGCUUUCUGCAUACUAAGCUAAGUGUCUGAUGCCUUGGUCCCUCAGCAGCUCUGCUGCAGCCUAACAUACCACUCAGCUACUCAGUUCUGUUUUAAUAAUGAAAUAUAGAAUGAGUUUCUUCAAAUCAAGCCUUGCCUCCAGAAACAGCAUGACGUAAGCCCCAGGGGAUGUCACUUCAGCUAUUUGCAUUAAAUGCCUCUGCUGAUCUUUUAUUUCCUCUCUCUUGCCCUCAAGUAUUGAACCACCAUUAAUCCAGGGAUUUACUUGUGCUAUCAAACUAUUACGUAGGUUUUGUAGAAAUAAAUGGAAGGUUAACAGAGCUCAUUUUUCAAACCAAGGAAAGGCUAAUAUAGUACAAUUAAUUGCAUAAAUCCCUCAAGUUGGUUUUGUUCCCUAGGUAACAAUUAGGAGUGGGUUUCAUGCAUGCUGACUAGUGGAUGGCAGCUUGCUAUAGUGUAGUUCCAUCAUAAAGAACAGCAUACAAAAAGGAACUUGAGGCUACAAUAAAUGCAGUGUGAAAGAAAUACAUUUUCUACCCAUUUCGUAAGAGACAGGAUACUUCAAGCUGUUGAUUACAGACUUUAAGUUAACAGAAAAAGAGGUGAGUGCAAUUUUAACACAAGGGUGUUCCUGUGCAGCAAUUUGUUUUACAUUGAAUACUAUUUAGAUGUCAAUUAAAUCAUCCAGAUUUUGAUAGACUUAUCUAAGAGAAAGGUUACCAAGAAUUCACUUAAAAAAGAAACCUUACACGCCAAAUACACUGGCAGACAGUUUUUGACUG